AUGGGAUUUCUCGCAGUCGUUCUGGAGAAGCUCUCCGAACUUCACUCGACCCAGUCAUUAUGGGUUCUCACCUCUGUAGGCCUGUUGGCCCUGUUCAGUGUGUCGGUCAUCGUCAAUGUCUUGCGACAGAUUUUAUUCAAGAAUCCCCAUGAACCUCCCGUGGUUUUUCACUGGUUCCCCUUCGUUGGUAGCACCAUCAGCUAUGGCAUGGAGCCAUACAAGUUCUUCUUCGAUUGUCGCGCGAAGUACGGCGAUAUUUUCACGUUCGUUCUCCUGGGCAAAAAGACCACUGUUUACCUGGGCACCAAAGGCAAUGAAUUUAUUCUCAACGGCAAGCUUCGAGAUGUCUGUGCCGAGGAGGUCUACUCGCCGCUUACGACACCCGUGUUUGGUCGCAAUGUUGUGUAUGAUUGCCCCAACUCCAAACUCAUGGAGCAGAAGAAGUUUGUCAAGUUCGGUCUUACUUCCGAGGCUCUUCGGUCCUACGUCCCUUUGAUUACCGCCGAAGUCGAAAGUUUUGUCGAGGAAUCUCCCGUCUUCCAGGAACCCAAGGGUAUCUUCGAUGUGUGCAAGACAAUUGCCGAAAUCACGAUCUAUACCGCGUCGCGCGCCCUCCAAGGAAAGGAAGUCCGAGACAGAUUCAAUUCCACAUUUGCGGAGAUGUACCAUGAUCUUGACAUGGGCUUCGCUCCCAUCAACUUCAUGCUCCCUUGGGCUCCUCUCCCUCACAACCGAAAACGUGACGCCGCUCAGAAGAAGCUGACUGAGACGUACAUGGAAAUCAUUAAUGACCGUCGCAAGGCCGGUGGCAAGAAAGACUCUGAAGACAUGGUUUGGAACCUCAUGUCGUGCACUUACAAGAAUGGCACCCCUGUCCCCGAUGAGGAAAUCGCACACAUGAUGAUUGCCCUGUUGAUGGCUGGCCAGCACUCCUCUUCUUCUACUGCAUCCUGGAUUCUCUUGCGCCUUGCGACUCGCCCAGACAUUGCUGAGGAGCUUUACCAAGAGCAACUCCGUGUUCUCGGUUCUGAUCUCCCUGACCUCACAUUCGAGAAUCUGCAAAAGCUGGAUCUCCACUCUAAAGUUAUCAAGGAAACCCUCCGUAUUCAUGCACCCAUUCAUUCGAUCAUCCGGGCCGUCAAAAACCCGAUGCCGGUGGAUGAUACUCCGUAUGUGAUUCCGACGUCCCACAAUGUGCUUUCUUCGCCAGGUGUCUCUGCGAGAGAUGAACAGUUCUUCCCUAAGCCUCUCGUAUGGAACCCUCACCGCUGGGAUGAAGUCGCUCAACCCAGCACGGAAGAUGAGGAAAAGAUUGACUACGGAUACGGUUUGGUCAGCAAGGGCACAAAUAGUCCCUACCUCCCGUUCGGUGCCGGACGCCACAGGUGCAUUGGUGAGCAAUUUGCUUAUGUGCAACUUGGUACGAUUCUUGCUGCCCUGGUGAGAAUCUUCAAAUUCCGCAACAUGCCAGGAGUUGAGGAUAUCCCGGAGACGGACUAUUCGUCUUUGUUCUCGAAGCCUCUUGGCCAAUCUUUUGUGCAGUACGAAAAGCGUGAAUCUGCUACCAAGGCAUGA